AUGACAGAACAUUAUUUAACUGAAAAACAUCAACAUUCUAUACUCAAAGUUGUUCGUCGAAUGUCUUCACAAUUAAACGAUACACAAAUGGAUAUUGAUCUUCCUCGAACAACAGCUGUAGAAGCUUCUAAUCCUGUCACAGUUCAAUUACAAGAACUUUAUGAAAUGCUACAUAUCUUAACAGAUGGUAUCGAAACAUUGAACAAGGAUCAAGAACAUCUAAUGAAUGAAUUACUUCAACUUCAAAUAACACAUCCAGUCUUAGCAGAACAAUUAUCGAAUAUUAAAUUAUCUGUUGAAGAAACAAAUGCUUUUUUACAAGGAGUGAAACAUAAUCAAGAUAUUCUCAAUGAAGAUUUAGCAUCAUUGCAAGAAAAAAUAAAUGAUUUGAAAUAUGUUUCAUAUGAUGGAACAUUUGUAUGGAAAAUUACAAAUUUUCAAGAAAAAUUGCUUGAUGCACAAUCUGAAAGACAAACAUCAAUUUAUUCCCCACCAUUUUAUUCAUCUCCAACUGGUUAUAAAAUGAGAGUUCGUUUAUAUUUAAAUGGCGAUGGAAAUGCUCGUCAUACACAUAUGUCACUCUUUUUUGUGCUCAUGCGAGGUUUAAACGAUCCGAUUCUAAAAUAUCCGUUCAACUAUAAAGUUACAUUUUGUUUGUAUGAUCAGACAUCUGCACAACGACACAUUAUUGAUUCAUUUCGACCAGACAUUCGAUCAAAUAGUUUUCAACGACCUCGAUCAGAUAUGAACACAGCUAGUGGCUUACCAAAAUUUUUCCCCUUGGAAAAUAUUCAACGAGAAGGAAAUCCAUAUGUACGAGACGAUACAAUGUUCAUCAAAAUUAUGGUUGAUUUUGAAGAUAUACCCAAAACAUUAUUGUCCUAUGCUUUGAGUCUCAAUCCCGGUCUACCAAUACAUGUUCAACACAUAAUGAUCAAGCAAGAAGCAGAACAACGUUCUCAACAACGAUCUGACAAAUAA